UAUAUACUCCUCCACCCCCAUCCCCCCUCCGUCUCUCUCUCUCUCUCUCUAUCUCUCUCUCUUAUUUUAAUAUAUAAUCGUGAGAGAGCCGACUCCUUCUUCUUGCCUCCUUGGUGGCGGCUACGAAUCUCGGAAUUCCCGCAAGCAAAGAAUAGAAGUAGCCAGAGAUCGAAGGGAAACGAAUCGAAUCCUCUUUCUGACUAUUCUUAAUCCCGCCGUCUCAUCUCUUUCUCUUUGCGAGAAGAAUGGAAUGCCAGUCUUUUGGUGGUUGGAAUCAGGCCCUCGUCCUCCUCCUCCUCUCCUCCACCGCCAUCCUCCUCUUCUUUGCCUCCGACCGCGGCGAUGGGGUUGGCGGCGGAGUCUCCAACCCGAUCGCCUCCCCCUCCGAUCUCACCUCUUCCUUGUCCCUCCGAUCGCCGAAGAGGACCCCGAGGCCCCUUCUAGACCAAUUUCCCCGCACUCUCCAUCAAGAACCCGACCGCCUCGUCCUCCAAACAAAGAAGUCCAAGGAGAGAUCGCGAAGAGGAGUGGAGGAAGAGCUCGCGAGAGCGCGACGCGCCAUCCGAAGAGCCGCCGCCGCCGCCGCCGCCGAAUCCUCCCGGGGAAACGCAUCGGGAAACGUUUUUCAUGGAGAAGACGUCCCCCUCGCUGCAAUCUACCGCAACCCCGCCGCCUUCUUCCAGAGUUACGUGGAGAUGGAGAAGCGGUUCAAGGUGUACGUGUACGAGGAAGGGGAGCCGCCGCUGGUGCACGAGGGGCCCUGCAAGGACAUCUACACCACGGAGGGGCGCUUCAUCGAGGAGCUCGAGCAACAGCAGCAGGAGGAGGAGGGAGGCGUGAGGACGUGGGACCCGGCGAGGGCGCAUGCCUUCUUCCUUCCCUUCAGCGUGGCCAAGAUGGUGCGGUACGUGUACAAGGACCAGAGCUGGGACCAGGCCCCCAUCAAGCGCUUCGUCAACGACUACCUCCGGGUGAUCGCCUCCAAGCAUCCCUUCUGGAAUCGCACCGCCGGGGCCGACCACUUCAUGCUUUCCUGCCACGACUGGGGUCCGCAUGCAUCCAGAGCCAACCAGGAGCUUUACCGCAACUCCAUCCGUGCCCUCUGCAACGCCAACACCUCGGAGGGCUUCCUCCCCAACAAGGAUGUCAGCAUCCCGGAGAUCCACCUCCACGACGGCAACAUCCCCCGCCAGCUCCUUUCCACUCCCUUCCCGGACCUCUCCGACCGCCCCUACCUCGCCUUCUUCGCCGGCGGCAACCACGGCCCCAUCCGCCCCCUCCUCCUCCACCACUGGAAGGGCCGCCACGCCGACCUCCCCGUCUACGAGUACCUCCCCAGGGGCCUCGACUACUACUCCUUCAUGCUCAAGUCUCGCUUCUGCCUCUGCCCCAGCUGCCACGAGGUGGCGAGCCCAAGGAUCGUCGAGGCCAUCUACGCGGAGUGCGUGCCGGUGCUGAUAUCGGAGAGCUACGCGUUGCCGUUCGGUGACGUGCUGAGGUGGGAGGCGUUCUCGGUGUCGGUCCCGGUGGCGGAGAUUCCGAGGGUGAGGGAGGUGCUGGAGAGAGUGGGGGAGGAGGAGCUGAGGAGGCUGAGGGAAGGAGUGAAGGCAGUGAGGAGGCAUUUUGUGCUCAACCACCCGGCCAAGAGGUUUGAUGCGUUCAAUAUGAUACUGCACUCGGUCUGGCUCAGGAGGCUCAACGUUAAGCUCAAUUAAUGUGGUCUUGGUGGUGGUAUAGAUCAGUUGGUACGAGGCAGGCUCAGCUUCGUUUUUAUUGUUGGUUGUUCCAUUUUGAUGGGAAAUAGUGGCCCUUUAGUUCUCUCUCUCCCUUGCUUUCUCCUCUCAUCUCGUCUCGAUGUCUCGUCGUUUGUAGAUGAUAACGUUGUUGUUACUUCCUCCGAGGAGUUGUAUUUUAAUGCCCAGGGGAACGUCUCCCAGUGUGGUCUUUACCUUUUGAAUGAUUCUACGAGAAAUUCUCAAAACGGGUUCAGACAUGAAGCUGUUCAUCCUAAAAACGAGUACCCAAAGUACAAACCUUGCCCAUAGUCAAUAAAACGCAGGAAGUUUAUAAUAGUAGCUGAAGCUGCAUUCAGACAAUCUUUCCACACAGAGUCAUAACAGCUGACGUCAAACACAUCUCCAAUUUCUUAGCAAAAAAAAAAACGAAUACUAAAAAACUCAGCAGACCCAUGGAUUAUCAAUAUCAAAGCCAGCAAUACAAUCCAGUUCCCAGUCAUUAGCAAACAUCAUAACAAAAGCCUGUCUCCCUAAUGCCACUGAACUGUAAAGAAUAGUUGUACCAAAAAAAAAAAAACUGUAAAGAAUAGUUGCCAGUUUUCCAUCACCACAUCCUUUUAUCAUAAACUCGCCACCUUGUUAAGAGACUAACAAAGUUCAACAAGCUCAGCCAAAAGAUGUUAGAGACGUAGAGGGAUGAUCACAUAACAGAGUAGAUCCUGGGGAGUGUGCCCAUAGGGGAAUAAAUAAACGACAGGAUUCUUAUUGAUCUAUAUGUUUGAAUUAAAUAAUAAUCCUACAAAUUCUAUCACUGGAAAAAAAAAA